AUGACUAGGGAAACUCCUUUUACUUUCGAAGUUCAUUCACCUUCCCCAUCAAUUGUUAUCCCAGCACGAAGGACUUCGUCUAACAUUUCUACACCGUUGACGCCACCCAAAAUGUCUCCGAUAACUGGAAGUCCUGUGCUGGAAAGCGAACUAGUGACCUUAACUUCCUCGACGUCGCCCAAAAGUAGCAGCCUAAAUUUACAUUAUAUGUCUUCGUCACCAGCCACAAAGACUGGUGAAUACUUUAAAAAAAGUAGAUCAUACUCACAUGCAAAAAGUACCUCAGACAUUUUGGGUGUUAACCACCAAGUUUCAAGUCUCACUAAAAACCCUUUUAGUGAAUGUGAAAUUUUUACUACUGAAGUAUCAAAAAGUUUACCUGAAUCUAAUGCAAAAAAAAUAAACGGAACAACUAAACCUUUAUCUGAAGUAUGCAAUAAACCUAAUAAUGUGUUACAGAAUGACAAUAAUGAGAAUCAAAAUACCAGGCGGGAUAAGAAACUUCGUCGACGUAGUAGCUGGGAUAUCGUUGAAUUGUUAGCUUUGGACAAUUUUAGAAAUUGGAUGGUGUGUUUUUGUGUGGUCAAUUUUGAUCUAGAAUUAGGUCAAGCAAUGGAUUCUAUGUAUCCACCCUCUGAAUUAGAUGAAGAAGAAAAGAAAAGCAUAUGCUUUUCUGCUUUUCCUGAUUCAAAUUCAUUUGAUGUUGGUGAUACUGUUUUCAAUUUUCGUAUAAGAUGUUCUAAAUCAGGCCUGGUUGCUUCAGGUCCAACAGCCGAUGCUGGUUUCUUGUAUGGCUAUGUAUUCUUCCGACAGAAAAAAGAUCCGCGAAUAAAACGUGGAUACUUCCAGAGGUCUUUAGUGCUCUUAUCUCAAUAUCCUUAUGUUGGUCUUUUCUCAAGAGUGGUAUCUAUUCUUGGCCCUGCAUACUUUGAAGUAGGCAAUCCAAUGCUCGAAGCAGCAUGCCACGAUAUUGCUAGCUGGAAAUCUCCAUCUCCGAGUAAAUUAUUUGAUCUUCCCUUUCUUGGAAAUGUUAUACAAGUUGAAAUCCCACAACCGAAUAAGCCACAACUUCUUGAAACUUGUCCUUUUGACAUGGCGAAUUAUCAUCCUGAACUUCAAAUACUUGCUUCAUUACCCCCCACAUCAAUGUUUACUCAUUUCAGAGACAUGAUUAAAGAUUUAUGGUUAUGUUGGGAGCUAAUGUUAUUUGCGGAGCCUAUUGUUUUAAUGGCUCCAGAUCCAAAAAUUUGUAGUGAAGCUGUACUUGAAUUGAUGGAUAUCAUAAAUCCUAUACCAUAUUGUGGUGAUUAUCGCCCGUAUUUCACAAUUCAAGACUUGGAUUUUAAAUCUUUUGUAACAAAAAAUAAAGUACGUCCACCUUCUAAUGUAAUAAUCGGCGUAACCAACCCUUUCUUUGUUAAAGCACUCGCUCAUUGGCCAAACUUAGUUCGAGUAGGGAAGCCAAAAAUAAGGAAAGGAGUAGAUGGUUAUAAUUCGUGGAGAGGAUCACAUGCAUCAUCACUAGAUUUUGUUCAAGGUGUAAAAAGUAAACGUAAAUCUGUCAUAGCCAAAGAUAAGGCAAUAUUAAAGCGGUUAGCAGAAGCAGUGGCUCGUGGUUAUCCUCCAGAACCUCCACAACUCAAACCAUUUAAAAUGGAUGGUUUUUUAAAAUCUUUGCAAGAGCAUGGACCACAAAUUCCAUUUAAAUCGAAAAAAUUUCCAUCCAAUGCAACUGAAACGUAUUUAAACUUUUAUGCACAAUUUUUAAAAUGUGGUAACUUUGCAACUUGGCUUAGACAACGUACGAUAGAAGCACAGAAUGAGUUACGUAAAAGAUAUUUACAAGUACUUUGUGAAGGUGAUGUAAAAACAUGGAUGGCCGGCAAACAUGAAAUGGAAUUGGUAGAUCUAUUAGUCAGAGUCAAGGAUGAAUUGAAAUUAACAAAGCAAGAUUUAUCAUCAAAUUCUCAAUUGUUGGUUAAUCGAGAGUGUGAUAAUAUUUCACUAUCAAUACCAACACCUAAACAGCGAGAAAAAUUAAAAGCUCAAGCGGACAUUAUAAUAUCAGGUCUGCCUAGGGAUUUGAGGGAGUCAUUUACAGCGGAAAUAUGA